AAACAGUACAAGAUGUUCUUCACACGCGCUCUUUGCAAACGGUCCGUAUGGAAAGGACCGAAUAUCGUCCCUCUUCCUCUCCCGCGCACUAUACCUCCACCACCAGGCACACCCGCCAUCAAGACGAAUGCGCGGUCCGCCACCAUCCUGCCUAAUUUCGUGGGUCUAAGGUUCGCGGUGCAUAAUGGCAAGGACCAUGUCGAUGUGUUUAUAACGGAAGAGAUGGUGGGGAGGAAGCUGGGGGAGUUUGUGCCGACGAGGAAGAGAUUCUUGCAUCAACCUUCGAAAAAUUCUUGAUUUUCCUCCCCUUUUUUUAGCUGUUGGUUGGUGGUUAGAUCGUUCGUUGUGUUUUGCCAGGCGUCUUAUCACAAACGAGAAAGCUUGAUGUUGGUUUCCUUCUUUUGGAAGAGCGACCGCGAGAGCGGAACUGAAUUUUUCCUUGGAUGGAUAUAUUGAUGAUAUACCCGCUAGGGUUGCUCUUUGCGCCAUCGCAUGGAGUUUAUGGCAGAUUUGUCUGGGAUUAAAUGUAUUAUAGAAAAUGGACCCCUUAUUGUACAG